GCAAGUUGCCGAACGACACUGAACUCAACCAGCCGUACGGGAGUCCGGAUGUUGUGGAAAUGGCCGGGAGGUGUCGGAUGGCGCUUCUUGCUCAUGCCAAGCAAGGAGGUAUGGCAACAGCGGAGGCCAUAAAAGCAUUGCGUUCUGCGCCGGCAGCCCCAAAGGGGACCUGGGAAAAGCGUGGCCAGCUGACACCCAAGCCCAAGAGUCGCCUCUGA